AGGACAGCCUGGUAGGCCACUGCACAGUCUAUGCUGCACCCACAGAUAUUGUACAUACAACAAAAACAUGGCUGUACUCGGGAGUUACUCCGCACCUUUACUUGGAAUCAGCAUCUUCAUAGCUAUUCUGACCUACAUCACCUACAAGCUGCUCAGCGGUUACCUGCACAAAUGGUUCACGAUGAAGCCUAUUCCUCAGGCCGACGGAACAUAUCUCUUUAUUGGAAAUGCAUUCCAGUUCAAAUACAAUGCAGGAGAUUUCUUUCAGCAAAUUAUGGACUUUACCCGUGACUUCGCGAAUGCUCCGCUAUUUAAACUCUGGAUUGGACCAAUCCCAUUUGUGAUCCUAUUUCAUCCUGAAACAGUUGAGACGGUUCUGACCAACGCUGUUCACAUGGAGAAAUCCUAUGCGUACAAAUUCCUCCACCCUUGGCUUGGAACUGGCCUUCUUACUAGCACUGGCCUUAAGUGGCGUCAGCGGCGAAAGAUGUUGACACCCACCUUCCACUUCUCCAUCCUGACGGACUUCUUGGAAGUGAUGAACGAGCAGGCAGAUAUCCUGGUGGAGAAGCUGGAGAAGCAGGUGGGGAAGGGUCCAUUUGAUUGCUUCAGCCACAUAACCCUGUGUGCCCUGGACAUCAUCUGUGAAACUGCAAUGGGGAAAAAAAUCUAUGCCCAGAGUAAUUCUGACUCAGAGUAUGUUAAGUGCGUGUACAAAAUGAGUGACAUUGUCAGCCGCAGACAGAGGACUCCUUGGUUUUGGCCUGACUUUGUGUACAGCUACUUUGGUGAGGGUCGGAAGCAUGACAAGACCCUCAAGAUCCUGCACUCCUUUACAUACAAAGUGAUCCACGAAAGAAUGGAGAACAUUUCCUAUAAUGAAUCAGACAGUGACUCUGACAAGGACACGAAGAAAAGACGAGCAUUUCUGGACAUGCUCUUGAAGACCACAUAUGAGGAUGGCAGCAAAAUGAGCCAUCAGGACGUUCAGGAAGAAGUGGACACCUUUAUGUUUGAGGGACAUGAUACUACAGCAGCCUCUAUGAACUGGACCAUACAUCUGCUGGGCUCCCACCCUGAGGCGCACAGGAAAGUUCAACAAGAGCUUCAGGAGGUCUUCGGUACAUCUGACCGGCCCGUAAACAUCGAGGACCUGAAGAAGCUCAAAUACCUGGAGUGUGUGAUCAAGGAGGCGCUGCGACUGUUUCCCUCUGUGCCUUUCUUUGCCCGCAGCAUCGGUGAAGACUGCCACAUCAAUGGUUUCAAGGUGCCCAAAGGUGCCAAUGCCAUCAUCAUUACCUACUCUCUCCACCGUGACCCGCGGUACUUCCCUGAGCCCGAGGAGUUCAGGCCUGAACGCUUCCUGCCUGAGAAUUCAGUGGGAAGGCCUCCGUAUGCGUAUAUCCCCUUCUCCGCUGGACUCCGCAACUGUAUCGGUCAACGGUUUGCACUUAUGGAAGAAAAGGUGAUCUUGGCGUCCAUUCUACGUAACUUUAGCGUUGAAGCUUGUCAGACACGUGAAGAGCUGCGGCCGUUAGGAGAGCUCAUCCUGCGACCAGAGAAGGGCAUCGUGAUCAAACUGGAAAAGAGGAAACCCCCGACUUCAUCAAACUAGCAGCUGCUCUGGUUCAUAGAAGCUAUUUUCUAAAUUCCCCUUCCCUCGUGGCCUUUAUUUACAGAAAAUCCUGCCCAAUUCUAAUGGUGGUGGAUACUGUGGAUGUUUCUAAAUACCCUUAGGGAGAGUAGUGAGUGACCAUGGUGUUUAAACUUUAGAAUCUACUCAUCAUUAUGAUCAUAAUUACAAAAUAAUAACAUCAUUACAAAAACUGAACCACAUGAAAAUAAAUUGAGAUCCUUUGAAUUUUGAAAUAAACUGUGCAAAUAUGUUAUUUAGUUUAAGUAAUGAAAUGCUUUAAACGAUAAUGAUAGCAUUUGGGUAUCAAAUAAAAA